CCGAUGGAAUCUAUCCCGCCAAGGGCGCGAUCCCCUUUUCCCGGCUCCGUAACGGCCAAUCAGCUCCGUCUCCUUCUCCGGACUGACUCUGCCAGCUGCGCUUGGCCUGAGGUUAACUAGGCCCAGCUCCUUGGGCCGGCCCAGCUUGAGUAUUUCACAGGCGCUUGACCCGAAGCUGUUUAAAUGGUUCAUUUGGGCCGUCCUCUGGAUAUCGGCCCAUCAUAAGCCCCCCAACUCCUCAGUCCUCAGCUGGGCCAAGCGGAGGAGUGGGGAGUUUGCAAAGUCCACGUGGACGCCCCAGCGGGGAUCCGGGCCGUUCCUUGGGUUCCGCACGACACUUGGGCACGAUCUCCACAAAUAAGUAAUCAUGGCCUGCCGAUUCGCCUUCCUGUUGUCAGUUAAAAACUGCCGCUGGACGCCAUCUCUUUCUUUCGCCUUCUUCACCACCGUUCGUCUGCAACUCCGCUGCUCACCCGACUCGUUCUUCUUCCUGUCCAGGUCAGUUCCUUCUCCCGCCGCCAUGAUUGUCUCAGAUUCCGAUUCGGCUACCCCAUCGUCCAAUUCUCGCCAAGCCGGCCAAUCGGCCUCUGACCGUAACCCCGGCCAUACUCCAUCACCCCGGCCGUCGCCGUCGGCCGUGCCUGGCCACAAAUGGCGUCGAUUGAGGAAGCAAUACCCUUCCUCAACUCCGGUAGAUGAGGGCUCAAGGGUUGAAUUGGACGAAAACAUCAUGGCGUUGUGCCAUUGUCAAAUUACUGACCGGGGGUUCGCCGAUGCCACUGACAUGGUUGGACCCUCCAUCGAGGUCAUGAGACCUACCAGUACUCAAACUGCUCUAGACGCACCGUCGGGGUUCUUCACGGUCCAUCUGGCGUCUUUGAAGAAGGGGCUGCGCUUCCCACUCCACCCGUUGUUGAUCGAAUUCCUCAANUGGUGGACCUUCUCCCAUGCCAACUGGUCCCCAACUCUCACCGGUACAUCGCCGGUUACCUGGUCCGGUGCAAAGAUUCUUUCCCAGAGGUCCAGUAAACUCUUUGCUAGUGAUAAGAAGGGGUCAACCAAAGACUGGAAGCCUUUCUUUGUCUUCGUUUCGACAGGGCCCGAAUCUCCUUUCACGGGUUCAGGGCGCCCUUCCUUCCGCCGCAUCCCACGCCCCCCACCUGAUGCCACCCUUUUGUCUAUCACUCGCCAAUUCUGCAAUAAGGGAGUUAUGAACAUCAAAGAGGUGGUGACAGAGGAAACCCUUGCCGGGUUGGGAUUUGAGUUUGUUCAGGAUGAGCUUCGCCACCAACCCGACCUACUGAGGGACAUCCCCGAGGGGCAUCAGCCUGGCCAACUGAAGGACAUUCCUGAGGAAGGUCUUGAUUGUGGUCCUUUUGUGGAAUUACAAGAUUCAGGAGAGGAGAUGGACAGCGAUCUCCUGCUCAGUCGCUUCACUGCAAGGAGGAAAAGGAAAAGAGAGAUGAAGGGCCAGGGCAAACGUUCUUCAUCCCACCACGAGGAGAGUCCUUCUCGAGAGCCGGCCGUAAUUGUGGUGGAGGACCAAGAAGAUGCUACCCAGGAACCGGUGACCUACGAGGUGGCGACCGGGGGUCGCUCGACGAGGCUCUGCAUCCCUCCCCUGCCCCAAAGCCUAGGGGACGUACAGCUGGAGACUCUGAUCACUCUGCCUGCAGAAGACCAGGCUCGUAUCUCAGCACGCUCCGAGGACGACCUUGACAACAUGGCUACGCUGGGGAUGAUUGAGGUGGUUGGGCGAAAACGGGGUCGCCAGGCCGCCGCGGACGAGGCGAUGAAAGCAGCUGAGGCCAAGCAGAAGGAGCUGCAGGAGGAGGUCACUCGACUCACCAGGGAGUUGGAGGAGAAAGAAAAUCGUUGCGCGGCGCUUGCUGUGGAGAAAGCUUCCCAUGAGAACCGUUGUGCCGCCCUUGAGGCAGACAAGGCCUCCUUGUCCUUGGAGGUAGAAUCUGUUUCUGCUCGAGUGGUCGAGCUGGAAGGGGAGAAAUCUGAUCUGAUCCAGCAGUUGGAGGUGGAGAGGAGCGAUCGGGUCCGCCAUGCAGAGGGAGCGGUAGAAUCCUUCAAGUCCUCUCCUGACUUCACGGUAGUCGCGAUGGAGCGGAUGGAAGAGCUAACAGCCGCUUGGCUCAAAACUGAACCUGGGGCUCAAUGGAUGGUCAAGGAGGGAACCAAGUCCUUCAAUUGCGGACUCUUCCACGCUCAACAGGUCUUCCACGACAGGCUGGCCCAGCUCCCCAAAGGAUUCUCCCUCCCCGACCUUGGCUUCCCUCCUCCCUGCCGCUCCUUGGCCGAGUUCGACCCCAGUCCCUAUCUGGACGGGGGGAGCUCGAGUGCGUCGGAAGAAGAGGAAGAAGAGGAAGUGGAAGGUGGUCAGAGCGACCAGAAUCCAGGGGCCAGCUUAGCCAUGUCCAAAGCGGGAAUUCCUGUUUCUCUGGAUCUUUCCGACGGGCCGGCUCCUUCUUCGCCGGAGCCUGCCUCCUCCCCCAAGUCAGUCAAUUCCAAUGACUGGGGGGGGCUUGACCCUUACGAAUUCUGUCGCCGGUUUCCUCGCCGGCAGUGGCCGUCGGUGAAACCGCCGCCACCACCUCCAAACCCUUAUGAAGACUUUAGUGAGGCGUACGAGGCCCUCUCCGCCAACCGCUUGCCUGACGGGCGGAUUGACAGGGAUGCUCCAUGCCCCCUCCAUUCCCUGCAAUGUAUGUCCUGGGAGAGCUUUCAAGAUGAGCAAUUACCCCUCCUGGAGCAUGAGUGCGCAUACUAUGCAAGUUUUGAGCGAUGGACUAGCGAAAGUCGCACCAGUUCGCCGGUGAGGCCUACGGAGGAGGUUGUGUUAGGGGAAGAACUGGGUUCUUCCCUACCUCGCCCCGCUUGCCAUUCACUUCCCCAGAAUACCCCUAGGCGACCUGAAGUAGCUCGGGUGGCUUCAGGAUCUCCGUCCUCGCCUAGGUGAUGCUGGUUGGGGUUCACAAAGAAGUGAGCCGUCCCCCGUCCUUCCUUGGUAGGAGAAGGGCGGUGGGUUUUUGCCGAGGCUGGGGGCGACCACUCCCGUUCCAUGUUGGGGAAGAAAGGUGGUCGUCCUGG